GACAUUAUUUAUGCAAGCCUUCACACGUUGUUUGUGCUGCUCAGCAAUCUUACUGCAAGGUGGAAAAGGCAAGUAUUUAAUCUGGAUGUCCUUUAAAAUGUGAAUGUACUAUGUUUGUUCAUUACAUCCAUAUAUUUAGAAAUAUUCAAUAUUUCAGUAGCAUGAAGUGGAUAGUAUAUAUAUUGGUCAGACUGGUUUGAACUUCUCAGAUCAUGAUUAACGUGAAAGACAGUAAACGAAAAGACAGGAAAUCCAAAUAAAAAUGUGUUGUAAUGGGGGAGCAGUUUUGAAGCAACUGGGCCUGUACUUUGUUCUGUACAUGCCCCAUUACAUAAGCUGGGAAACCAAUGACUUUGAGGAAUUGGUUCCAGAGGAACAAAGUACUUCAAAGAGCUGAUUUUAAGAGCUGAAAAAGCCAAAGUAAUACAGAUGCUAACAUUGACAAAUGACCUAGCACCUGCUACAGCUGCUUCGGGAGUCUGAACCCUUUCACUUGUCAUUAGUAGCUGUUAAAGAGGACUGGAUCCAGUGUUUGCUGGCCAUUGCAUGUAACUGCUGCCUACUGGAUUUUAAAUACAUUGUGCAGUCAUCAUGGUAUGUUGUUGAAAGCCAAAGUGUAAGGGAGAACUUUUCAAAGACGGCAUGACUCACUGAGCGGUGAGAAGAUCACAAAGUGUACGGGCAUCUGCGUUCACAGGACUAUUUUAAACUGACACUUGGCUUUUCAGUCAAAGUUGCCUUUACAAAGUGUUAUGACCAGGGAAGAAGGUUACAGAGAAGAAUUCAGCUAUGACAGGAUGCCAACUUUGGAGCGGGGAAAGCAAGAGAACGGAAAUUAUAUACCGGAUAUCAAAUCUAGUGACCUUCAGCUAUCAAAGAGGCUGCACCCUUGCUUUAUUUACAGAACGUGGAUCUUUUCUUUGCUGAUGGGUAGUUGCCUCCUUAUUACAUCUGGGUUUUCACUGUAUCUGGGAAAUAUUUUUCCAUCUGAAAUGGAUUAUUUACGUUGCGCAGCAGGUUCAUGUAUUCCUUCAGCAGUUGUGAGCUUUGCUAUAGCAAGGAAUAAAAUUAAUGUGAUACCCAAUUUUCAGAUUCUGUUUGUCUCUACAUUUGCUGUUACAACAACAUGUUUAAUUUGGUUUGGAUGCAAACUUGUCCUGAAUCCAUCAGCUAUAAAUAUAAAUUUCAACCUGAUUCUACUUAUUCUGCUGGAAAUCUUCAUGGCAACUACUGUGAUCAUUUCAGCUAGAUCUACUGAAGACUGCUGUAUGAGAAAGAAAAAUACCACAUAUGAUAGUGCCGUUGUUUUGAGUAAUGUCAGCUUUCCUGCCCGAAUUCUGAAGUCAUACUCAGUAAUUGAAGUGAUUAUUGGAAUUUCAUCAGUAUUUGGUGGCAUAAUUGCUUUAAAUAUGGAUGUUCUAGUCUCAGGUCCAUAUCUUUCAGUAACAUUCUUUUGGAUCUUGGUUGCUUGCUUUCCUAGUGCUAUUGCAAGUCAUGUGGCUGCUGAAUAUCCAAGCAAAUGUCUGGUUGAGGUCCUGAUUGCCAUUAGCAGUGUCACAUCCCCAUUGUUGUUCACUGCUUCUGGAUACUUAUCCUUCAGUAUCAUGCAAGUUGUUGACAUCUUUAAAAAUUAUCCACCUCCUGUUAAACAGUCUUAUGAUGUACUACUGUUGCUUCUGAUGUUGAUGCUGCUAAUUCAGGCAUGCCUUACUAUUGGAACUGUAAUACAGUGUGUAAAUUACAAGACAAAAAUGAAACUGCAGGAUUCGUCCUGGACAGAGUCACAGGUUAAAAAACAGGAGUACAGAACUACAGAGGUUUCCAAUAAUACCUUAAAGGAUUUUGACAAAGACAAAGCCUGGAAAGCAGUUGUGGUGCAGAUGGCUCAGUAGUUUGGAUUCUGCAAAUACAGCCACUACAGUACAAUCCAUUACAAUAAAUCUACUGUUUGAAUUAAGGCUUAAAAACCUUUCAGUUUAUAAACAGCAGCAUAGUUACAGCAGUAGGAGCCAAUGAAUAACACAGUAAAUAUUGCCUCUCUAAUCAUUUUGAAAUAUGUUGAUUAACAAAUCUGUCUUUUCCGUUGGUAUCUGCAUCUUAGUCUUUCUUUUAUGGAUAUCAUUGGGGAAAAAAGUAAUGACUCACAUGCUGAUAGUGAAAUAAAAUAUGACUGUAUACAGUAGGCUUCAUGUGUUUGCAAGAGAUUGUAAUAACUGCAGUUAUGCAGUCAGUGUAACUGAUAAAUGCUUUUGUAAAGUUAUGAAUACAAAUUAUAAUUGUUAUUCCUGCUUAUACUUCACUUUUGUAGGAGUUGUAAGGUUCUUUUUCAUUUCAUUGCUUUUAUAUAAAUAAAAGUCUUUGUUAUCUGAAA